AUGGAAGUCGUCACGUCGGACCUGGCUGCCCAGCUCCGGAACGUUCCGCUACUCUCCAAGGCCAGCAACAACGAUGCCUUCAUCAAGGAGCUCUCGGAAUCCCUGCAUGCGCGGCCAUACAACCCCGGCGACAUUGUCAUCUCCGAGGGCGAGAUGGCCAAGGCCAUGUUCUUUAUCCUCCGCGGCACCGUCCAAGUGAUAUCCAAGGAUGCCGAAAUCACCUUUGCCGAGCUCUACGCUGGCUCGUUCUUUGGCGAGAUAGGGAUCGUUUUUGGUGUCAACCGAACUGCCACGGUAAUCGCCAAAACCAAGCUCCUGUUGGCCUCGCUCACCUCCGAGCAUCUUGCCGCCAUCCUGGGCAAGUAUCCCGACGUCAACAAAAUCAUCCGGGCAGAGGCCCAAGAGCGUUUCCAGCAACUUGCCAAGGAGAUGGAGAGGGCAGGCAAGAUGCUGCAAGCUGCAACAUUCGAAAAGUUCCAUGAGCUGCGAAAGGAUACAUCCCACGGCUUUCUCAAGUUGGAUUCACACUCACGACAGGCCAGUCGACGCAACAGCGAGCUACUGGCAGAUACCAUGGGCGGUGACUUCAUUCUGCCGGCGCUGCGGAACUCGAGAGAAACCAUUGCGAGGGCAAGUAAUUCCGACCUCUCUUCGCAGCCGCCCGACGACAGUACUCGCACCGAGUCGGGUUCUGGAUCCAACGCCAACAGCCCUGCACAUUCGCAUUUCCCCGACUCGGGCGAGGAAUCCAGGGGACUCAAUCCGCACAUCUCAAGUCUCCAGCGACAGGGCGUCAAGCGCCGGGCAUCGGUUGCCGUGUGGUCCGACGAGCGGCUGAUGCAGUUUGCUCAGAACGUCACUGCCGGUCGUGACAAGAUGCAAUCGGUGCUGGCCCAGAGCGCCGUGGCGGCGGGAUCGAACAUCUACGCCUCCAAGAGCACAAUCGACAGCGACCACGAGGAUUUUGGGAGAUUUGAGCGGGCCACGAUGGUCAUCAUCCUCAAGAACCUGGGCAUCCAUGAUCUCUGUCGGUAUCGCCGCGUGAGCAAGGGCAUGAUGCAGCUCAUCAUGGAUCCUGACAACGGCCUCGGCGAGGCCGUCGAUCUGAGUCACUGGCACAAGCGCAUCAAUGACGAUGUCCUGACCCGGGUCGUGAGUCUCUUUGGGAGCCAAAUCAUAGACCUGAACCUCAAGAACUGCUGGACAGUGACCGACCGCGGCCUGCAAGUCGUUGCCCAGUCGCUUCCGUCCCUGAGAACCUUGAACCUCGCCAGCGUCUGGGAGCUUACGGAUGCCGGCAUUGUCCAGCUAGUAUCCGCUUGCCCGCUUUUGGAGGCGCUCGACCUUUCCAACUGCCGAAAGCUGACCGAUACUGCCGUCGUCGCUGUCAUGGCAGCCUGUCCCAACAUGUCAAGCCUCUGUCUCUCAUACUGCAAGAACCUUGGCAACGCCAUCCUGUCUGGCGAGCGCUGGCAAAACAUCAUCAAGUUGAACAUUCAGCGCUGUACGGGAAUCACCGAUGCCGGUUUCAACCCAUGGCCGCCCGGGCCCUUUGGGAUGCGCGAACUCAUCCUCAGCGACUGCAGCUUUCUGUCGGACGUCGCUGUGCAGAGUAUCGCCAGAGCCUGUCCCGAUCUCCGAACGCUUUCGCUAUCAUUUUGCUGCUCGAUCACCGAAGCCUUUGCACCGGCGUUGAGCGAGGGUUGUCCCAACCUCGAGGUGCUGGAUCUGUCCUUUUGCGGAGCAGCCGUCACAGACCAGAGCUUGUUCGUCCUGGCCAACGGACUCCGGUCGCUUUCCAAAAUGAGUCUGCGCGGAUGCAUCCAAGUAAGCGAGUCUGGCAUGGACCAGCUGCUUGACACUGCCGAGAGCCUCAAGGUCAUCAACCUGUCGCAGUGCAAGAACAUUUCCGAGGGCUGGAAGGCCACCAAGAUGUUCCGGAUCGUGUUUCUAACAACACAAUCGCUUCUGGAGUCGACGGUAGAGCCCAGCGCGGUGCUGACACCAGCGACACUGGGCCUACCGGUUCCUCGGGACGGAGGGCAUCGGUCGAGAUCCUUCACGACAUAGCCGGGACAAAAAGACAGAGGAUAUCCUGAUGGAGGGGCAGUACCUCGCUGCCAGUGGGCGGUGAGUCUAGUGGUGCUUGGGUA